CAAAUGAUCAUGGAAAUUUCCCUAAAGUCUAAGUUCAGUUACAUCAUUUAUAAAAACUCUCAAUAGAUAUUGAUUAUUGAAAGUUUUAUUUUAGAAAUACAUUCAGUUUGAGGCACUAAAACAGGGUGGCAAUUAAAAAUCCAAAGUCCUACUUUCAAAGUAUCGCGAGAAUUGUUAAACAGCACAUGAUGUCAUAGAUUUUGCUGGACGAAGUAGGUGGAUACUUUUCGUGUAAAAAUGGGCAAAACUUCACCAUGUAAAUAGUACAUUUUAUCCACAAAACUGCCACAUUUUGACGCCGAUUCUCUGCCAUGUUGCCAUUUGUAUAUUUAGGGUGCACUUAGAUCCUCCUGUUGUUUCGAUCGUGGUAAUUUGGUGGCGUAAGUCCAUGUUUUCUCGUCUGAUGAUUUUACAUCCAAAGUCGCCGGCUGUGCUGUGUGCAUUCUCCAAAGUCCAUGCAUAAACACAGGCUCACAGCACUAGCACUAUAGCAGACAAUCACCAUCACUGAGUCUGUGUGAAAUGUUAAUGUUGGACUGAAGAUUCGUCAAAUAAAACUGUAGAAAACACAUUCCUUGAUCUCGAUUAAACGGGGAAUUGGACUGAUUAACCAUGGCUGAUGCUGAUGAGUGCAAUAUUAAAGUGGUGUGUCGGGUGCGGCCAAUGAACAGCGCCGAGUUGGCAUCAAAGUCAGUCGUUGCCACAAAAUUCCAAAAUGACGACACUGUAUCGAUGGGGGGGAGAGUCUUUGUCUUUGACAGGGUAUUUCGGCCAAUAUCAACACAGGAGGAAGUCUACAACAAAUGUGCCAAGGCCAUAGUCAAAGAUGUUCUGGAAGGCUACAAUGGAACAAUAUUUGCAUACGGACAGACGUCAAGUGGGAAAACGUUUACUAUGGAAGGUGUCCUCAACGAUGAUACCUACAUGGGGAUCAUUCCGCGUAUCGUCCAAGACAUCUUCAACCAUAUCUACCAGAUGGACGAAAGCCUGGAGUUCCAUAUCAAGGUUUCCUACUUCGAGAUCUACAUGGAUCGCAUCCGAGAUUUACUGGAUGUGUCCAAGACCAAUCUCUCCGUCCACGAAGAUAAGAAUCGCGUCCCCUACGUGAAGGGCGCCUCCGAGCGGUUCGUCUCCAGCCCGGAAGAGGUCAUGGAGGUCAUCGACGAGGGCAAAUCCAACAGACAUAUAGCUGUCACAAACAUGAACGAGCACAGUUCCCGCAGUCACAGCAUCUUCCUGAUCCAAGUCAAGCAGGAGAACGUGGAGACGCAGAAGAAACUCAGCGGCAAGCUCUACUUGGUGGACUUAGCUGGCAGUGAAAAGGUGAGCAAGACAGGAGCAGAGGGCACAGUCUUGGAUGAGGCCAAGAACAUCAACAGGUCUCUGUCAGCUCUUGGUAACGUCAUCUCAGCUCUGGCGGAUGGAAAGAAAACUCACAUCCCGUACCGAGACAGUAAGAUGACGAGGAUCCUACAGGAGUCUUUGGGAGGCAACUCCAGGACCACCAUUGUCAUUUGCUGCUCGCCUUCCUCCUUCAAUGAUUCUGAGACCAAGUCCACACUGAUGUUUGGACAGAGAGCGAAGACAGUCAAGAACACAGUGACAGUGAACAUUGAGCUGACUGCCGAGGAAUGGCGCUCUAGAUUCGAGAAGGAGAAAGAAAAAGUGUUGAAACUACGCGCCCAGCUGCAGGCCACAGAGGCCGAACUGCGCAGAUGGCGUGGAGGAGAGACUGUUCCAGAGAAUGAGCAGAACACCAAGAACGUGACCAUCUUGAAGGAGGUGGCUCCGCCCACUCAGACAGUCACCGUCUCGGUCUCGGAGGAAGAGAGAAACAAAUGGGAAGAGGAGAGGGCCAAGCUGUACGAGCAGCUGGAUGAAAAGGACAGCGAGAUUGACAGCCAGUCCCGCCUGACCGAGAAGCUGAAAGAGCAGAUGCUGGACCAGGAGGAACUUCUCUCCUCCAUCCGCCGGGAAUGCGAGUACCUGCAGUCCCAGAUGACGCGGCUGGAUACGGAGAACAUCGCCGCCAAGGAGGAGGCCAAGGAGGUCCUGCAGGCCCUGGAGGAGAUGGCUGUCAACUACGACGAGAAGUCCAAGGAGUUGGAGGACAGGGCUCGGACCAACGAGUCACUGACGGAAGAAGUCGGAGAGAAGCUGAAUGCCCUGAAUGCCAUCACGGCCCAGCUGGAGAAAGUACAGGACAUGGAGCAGCACCAGCGUCGACGGACCACAGAGAUGAUGACCAGCUUGCUGAAAGACCUGGGAGAGAUCGGAGGGGUGCUGGGAGGCAACGUGGCCGAUAUGAAGCUGAACAUGGAGAACACUGACAAGGUGGAUGAGGAGUUCACCAUGGCAAGGCUGUAUGUCAGUAAGAUGAAGACAGAGGUGAAGACGCUGCAUCAACGCUGUAAGCACCUGGAGGCCACGUCUAGCACCACCGCCAAGAAGCUAGAGGAAGAUGAGAAGGAACUGGAUGCCUGCAGGAUGCAAAUUGCACAGCACGAGGCCAAGAUCAAAACAGGCCACGAGAACCUGCGCGAGGUGGAGCUGAAGAAACAGAGUCUGGAGGACAAGCUGGACAUCUUGAAUGAACAGCUGGAGCAAGUCAAUGCUGAUGCUGAGAAAAAGCGUGCCAACGAGGGCAAGGCGUUGGAGGACAAGGCCAGAGAGAGCGAGGAGUCAGCCAAGGAAUUACAGGCCAAGAUGGAAGCCCAGAUGGAGAAGCACCGGGAAGCCCACCAUCAGCUGCUGACCAGCCUCCGGACCGAGAUCUCAGAGAAGGAACACCUCAUUGAAGAACUGAAGGAUGUGAACCAAACUCUGACCCUGCAGCAGGAGAAACUUCAGCUGGACUACGAGAAACUGAAACAGGAAGAAGCCGAGAAAUCGCGCAAACUCCACGAACUCAGCCAACAAGCCGACAGAAGAGAACAGGCUAAGCAGGACCUCAAAGGAUUGGAAGAGACAGUGGCCAAGGAGCUCCAGACCCUGCACAACCUGCGUAAGCUCUUCGUCCAGGAUCUGCAGAACAGGGUCAAGAAGGCGUUGGAAGGCAGCGACCGGGACGACGACGCCGGGGGCAGCCAGGCCCAGAAGCAGAAGAUCUCCUUCCUGGAGAACAACCUGGAACAACUGACCAAGGUUCACAAGCAGCUGGUGCGUGACAACGCAGACCUGCGUUGUGAGCUUCCCAAGCUGGAGAAGCGUCUGCGUGCGACCUCCGAGCGAGUCAAGUCACUGGAGGCUGCCCUCAAGGAGACCAAAGAGGGCGCUAUGCGGGAUCGCAAGAGGUACCAACAGGAGGUAGACAGAAUCAAGGAAGCCGUUCGUCAGAGGAACAGCGCAAGGAGAGGCAACUCGCCACAGAUAGCCAAGGCGAUCCGUGCAGGCCACCCUCCCCUCUCCCCCGGCCAUGCCGGGAUCCGCGGUGGUGGCCACGUGGUAGGCAUCCGUGGGGGUGGUGGCCAGGGGCCCAUCAUCCGCUCCAGCCCCCAGCAGAGUCCUGACAGUAACGUCAACCCCAACCAGCAGUUUGGGCAGGCCAACAUGGACAAAUCUAAGCCAGAGGCCUUCACGUUCCCAAACGCGUCCAGCACGGGCGAAAAACCGGUCCGGAGAAAACACCACGGUCACCGAGGCCGGGCCCACUCCCACGACAGUCCCAGCUCCCCCCAACAACGGCAUAUAUCCCAGGAUGCACCUGAAGGGGCGACAGGGGCACAGUCCGAUCCAAUGUCAACGUCGAGCAGCUACAAUAAUCUGAACUCCAACCAGAACGACGUGGAGAACAUGGAAAGGAAAGCCAAACGGCUACCCAGACUUCCUGGAGCCAACUCUAAGCUUACCGAUGCGGACAUCGCGGCAAUGAAGGCGCGGGGCCGACAGAAGACGUCAACUAACAACACCAGCAAGACACCAAUGACGGCGAGCGAACCAGCAAGCUAAUGCCAGUCAAAAAUACAUCACAACACAACCAGAAAAAAAAAAAAAAUGUGAGGGGGAAAAGAUUAUUAAGUGGGUAAAACCCAGCGCUGGUAAGAUUGGUAAUUAAAAAUUAUCUUAACGUAAACACAGCAAGUCUGCACCUGCAGUUUUAGACUCUAGAUAGUCUCAUUCUCACAGAGAAACAUCGACUGUAAAACAGUGUGCACCUGGCGGCCAUCUUGGUCUUGAUCCCUGACUGGAUUCAGAUACAACCCAUGUUAAGCAUAAUAGCAUUGAGCCUGCAUGACUUCAUUGGUCAUGUUCCCUGACUACAUUACACAAACCUAAUGCCCUGGUACUUUCAUUGCUGUUAGUCAGGUACUGUUCCCAAAUGUCAGUCUCCAGAUUUCAUCUUUUGCAAAACACAAGAUGGCCGCCUGUGGGAAUACCAAGUAAGAAAAAAAUAUCACCUUACCCGAACUCAAAUUAAUAAAUUUUAACUUUCAAAAAAAUGCUCACAACUGCAAAGAAACACACACUUCAGAAAAGGCACUAAAUAUGGCAACAUCCUAUUUAUUAAUCACAAACUCCCAGUUAGAGGAAUUUCUUCCUUUCGUCAGUGAAUAUUAAUUGUAAAAAAUGCUAAAAUGUAACAAAUUUGAUCAUCGUUUUGGCAAGUGACGUGUGGGCAGUUAGAACUAUCGACCUAGAUUAGUAGAAGCUUUGUACCUGUAUGCUGCAACAGCAACAUUUUGAUGUGAGUAAAAUUAUCUUAAAAACUUUACAAAAUCUCCAUACAUGCAUGUAAAAAAAAAUGAAUCGUGUACGUCCUCUCUAGAUAUACAAUAAUUAAUAAUUUAUUAAAGGAUAAAUUUAAACAAACUAUUGAAUAAUACCUUUUCUAUAAAUAUUGUGGUCGUGUGGAAAUAGUGCUCUCUGUACUGUGACUUGAAAAAGUGUGACCGAAACGCUUUGUACCCGUAACUUGUAGUGUGAGAAUUGUACAUGCAUAUCAAUAUAUCUUUAACAAGUAAAUCCAAAUGGACAUUUCCCCAUGGACAUUUGUCUCUUUUUGGAACAAAAUUUGUUUUCUUUUAUCAAUUAUUUUGUCACUUUUUUAAUCAGUUUAUUUUUUUUUGCAAGAUGAAAUUGUUUUCUUGGCAAUGUAAUUAUCUACACUGAUUCACAUACAUAGCAUUAACUGUAUUUCAACUUACUUCGGUUUUGGUCAUUGUCCAAAUCCAUGAACUCAUUAUCAUGGGUAAGUUUUUUUUCUUCUAAAUCUAGAGUUUUCUUCUAUUUUUCCAGUCCUUUAUUGAUGUAGACCAAUCUGGGCACAUAAUUGUACACUUUGACUCACUGAGGCCCCCAUUAAUGGCGGUGGCAGCCAUUGUCCAAAGCAACCACUCCACGACAGUUACUUUGAACAGUACUUUGGCCUCUCUGAGCGUCUAGUCAUCAUGUGCCCGGACUGGCCUACACAGUAGCUGCAGUUUAGCAUUAGCAGCAGGGCCAACUGCAAGAAAAUCUUGUCUUGGCUUACAAAUUUAAAUGUAAUUAUGUAAUAUGUAACUGUAAAAUGUUCAGUAGUGUAUUGUAGCCUAGAUCAACUUUCUGUCUCGUUGUGAGGACGACUUUGUUUUCCUCAGGAAAGUUGUUGGUCGGUCAGAUACGCACAUUAAUGAUGUCAAAAGCGCACAUAAAUGUUGUAGUUACUUGUAAUUUUUUUUUUUCAGAGGAAAAAAAGAAAGGCUUUGGAAGUUUAACUUGGCAGUAAAUAUGCCAGUCCUGUUUUUAUUUAAUAUAUGCAUCGUUCUGAUGUUUGUUAAACAAAGAAAGGGACUCGUUUGUUAGCAGCAAGUUAAAAAAUUCCAAAAGUCCGUUUUUGAAGGAAAAAAAUGCAGAUUUGGUUGUCCAGGUACAAAAAAAGGAUAGUAUAUCUCCACGGUCUGCUGUUUUUCAUCGACAUAUCAACAACGGCAACGAUGACUACAAAAACAACAACAACAUCAUCAAAAUCAACAACAGAAAACAAAAAAAUAAAUACCAUGCAUCAAGUGAUGACUGUACUCCCUGCCAUCAUUCCUACCCUACACUGACCCUUAUCCACCCUUUUAAUUUGCAUAUUCUAAUCAGCCCCUCUCAUUUGCAUAUCCUAAUCCGCCCCUCCUCAUUUGCAUAGCCUCAAUUGAAUUUCACUUUGAAUGAAGAAUGGAGGGCUGCAAUAAUUGGACGUUUGCAGCGACCCUGAGAGACAUUUAGCCUCUUUUGUGAGUUUUGUGUGGUUCUGGGAAAGAACAUGCAUACACUCCUCAUUUCAAACAGAUUGCUACAAACUGAACAUACCAUUUGAAAUUUACGUUUGUUCUUUUUCAGAUUUACUUGUUAAUCACAUAAAGAUGUAUUGUCACAUGGUGUCACCGCAAAGUUCUAUUUACUUCACACUGAAAGCAGUGCUCCAGCGAAGUGUUUCCAUUUUAUGGACUAACAUGUCUUGCCAGAGCGUGCCUUCGGUGUCGUUUUGAGCCCAACCUAGAUUUUUGCUAAACACAUACAUUUGCUUAGGGCCCGAUUGAAAUUUUUGCAACCAGUUUGCGUCUAGCACCCCAUCUUCUUUUUAGGAAACUUAUCAGUUAAACUAAUGGUUACUGAGGUUGUGGGUUGGCAGUGCUCCAGUGAAAUACCCCCAGUCUGGUGAGGUGUGUCGUACCAGAGCCUGCUACCCUCAAUGCAAAUGUGACCUUUGACAUUUAACCUCUGUCCAACAAAAGCUUAGAGUGCAAAGAGAAAGUGUAGCUGUUGAUUUGUCACUAGCUGUCAUGUUUUUCUCAUAAAACAUCGGGUUACUGAAGACACGAUAGAAGGCGCCCGCUGAAUGGUCAGAAUCUUGAGGUCAAGACACAGUCUUAUUUUGCAAAACCUGCACGCAUAUCAUUGACACUUGCUAUGCGCAAGUGUCUAUUCCAUAGACUAUACAUUAGUGUCCCCUUUUAAAAAUCCCCCGAUUCGCAGCUACAGAUACAAGAUAAUAAGUUAUCUUUGAAUCGGAUGAGAGUUGAGAUUUCAGCAAAUUGUACUUGGACAACCUUAUCUCAGUGUGCAAUCUUCUUCUUCUUCUUAGAAGACCCUUUCUGGUCAACCACUAAUGUGAUUUAAUGAUAGCGUGUUAAUUAAAGAACAUCUGUGUAUCCUGUGAUAGAAUCACUCAGAGGUGUUGUAGAGUAGAAGUGCCAAGCAUAAAGUAACCAACCCAUGGUUUUGUAUUCAUUGUAGAUUUAUAGCCCUGUUUGCAUCAUAUUAGGUGUGAUAGCUAACUCUACAAGAAAAGAAGAGAGCAUUUAUCCAUAUUGCAUGAUCGAUUUCUACAAAAUAAAUUGUCACGUAUAAAAUUAAAUGCUUUAAAAAAAGUACAGAUCAAAGCAGAAGUUUAGAAGAUACUAGACUGGGAUCCAUAUUUGUGGAAACUGAUGUUUUUCUUUCUUUGCAUACCUAUUUCCAAUUUGUCUGUUUUAAUUCAGAUUUUUUUCUUGACUUGAGAUGAAAUCUGAGUUUUUUUGGUGCUUCUGAAUGCUGAAAUGAAUGAUUUUAACUUCGUGUUUCGUUGUUUUUGUUCUUACAAGCUCGUGUGUCAACUUUUUUAAAACAAACUUUUCACGUGUUAAAUGAAUUUGUAAUUCCAGUUAGUGCACUGAUGUUGGGACUGUUAAUUGUAGCAAAGCAUGGCCGCAUGAAAAUUUGGAACAUUUGAAGGGGAAAAAACAAGUCUUGUAGGUAGACAUUUUAGUGGUGAGAAGUCGGGAAGUUAGUCUAAACAUAAAUAAGUUUAAUCUUGAUGAAAAAAGUUGCAGAUUGGUUAGAAAGGACCAGAUUUCUUUUCAAAGUAUAAAUUGAAGAGUAUAAUGAUCAGUGAUGAUGACUUUAUCCAAUACCCUACAUUCAGUUGGCUUUGCAAUUUGUAAAAACAAUUACAGGGUGUCCAAUGAAGUUGUCACUUUGCCGGCUUUGAAGAUAGUUUCAAAACCACUCGGUUAGUUAAAGUUUUUUUUUAUUGUAGGACUAUAAAAAUAUUUCUUUGAAACAAGACAAUGCAAAACUGGUUCCAAAGCCCACAUCAUUCUGUUCAAUGGGUUCUUUUUUUUUCUUUUGGAUAAUUAAAUUUUAUUAUUGUUACUAUAUUCUUUUCUUUAAUCAUCGAGAAUCUUUGGAACACCCUGCAAUUGUUUUACUCAUUGCAAAGCCAAAACAAAAGGAAACUUACUGACAAUAAAAACUGUAAAUAACUAUGCCAUAUGUAAGUGUCUUGUGUGAUAAAAAUCCAACAAAAAACAAAGAGACUAAUUGUAUAAAUAGUGUAUCGGUAGUUUCGCUUUCCCUCAGAAGUGCUGGUGAUGUCCAACAAGUAAGUCCAUGCUUCUAGAUGUUCUAUUUAAACGACAACUGCUGUAAAAUUUGACAAUUGUUCUAGGUGUACAAAACUGCUUGAGUGUGGCAUGAUAUGUGUUAUAUUAAGAAAAAAAAAUUAAAAGAAUCAGGUUUACAAACAGUAAAAAUAAGAAAAAAAAGUUGUUGAAAAAUUCAGCUCAGUCUUAAUAUUGUACAGCUUAUUAUUAAAGGAUAUUGUCUGCUAGAAAAUGUUUGAAAUGUAAAAUGGUGGUCAAGAGUUAAAAGAUUAACGAUCACGGCUUUAAAUACUGCUUAAUUUGAGUAUAAGAAAAGACGGGGGAAAAUGUUGUUAAAUAUUAAUAUUAUAUUAUUCGAUAUAAACAAAAUUUUGUCAAUAUUGUGCAGUCUAGCAUGUAACGUGUGUGCAUAUAUUAAGAAACUUAAUGCUAGGUAUAGACAAUUGGUGUUGAAUUUAAAAAAACAAAUUUGAUCAAUGAUAAAAUCUGUUUCAGUAGUUUUGUCCUUGUGAUGACAAAAACUUAAUUGGUUCAUGACACAUUAUGUCUUCUAGUAAUAUAGAUGUUUGUUUUGUUUUUACUUUCCCCAUUAUACCACUACCUGCCAGAUGUUGAAAAAGCAAAACUCAGCAAAAUUCUUUCUGCUUGUUCACCGUUGUUGGGAAAAUUACAGCGAGGCAUUUAAAUGUUUUGAAGAAAAAAAAGAGACAAACAGACUACCAACACUUUGAAACACCCAUCUCAUACUGGUGUUUAUUCCAGAGUAACCCUGACCCCAAAUCGACCCAAAGAGAAAGUGGUUUCCGACAGGCAAUUAAACCUGAUCUACUAAUUUUCCAUUGACUGCAGUCAAUUCUUUCCCCCACAAACCUAUAAUUCCACUGCUCAGAGUAAUUUCAUUUGGUGUGACUCGAGAAUGCCAAUCUGAAAUGAAUGUCAAUUCUCCAUACCUCCUCUACCCACAGUAAACCUAGACUAGACCCCCAUUUUCUCUGACUUAGCCCCGCCCCUCCACACCACAUUCACUCAAUUGCCAUUGAUAAUACAUUGUACAAGCCAUGCAUCAAAAAUUUCAUGGACACCCCCAUCUUCGUGGUCACAUGGUAAACUAAAGGUGGCAUUUCAUUGAAAUAACGUCCCAUCAUGAAGCAUUAGGGGCGGUGCAUGGACUAAUGGGUUGACUUGAAGUAAUUUGUUCCCUUUUUAUAAAUAAUUUGCCUUAGUUACUUUGCCUUAUAACACGAGUUUCCUUUUGCCCUGGUUAACUUAAUCAAUUGCCUAUCAGGUCAAAUAUUUAUUUAAUUUGGUUAAACUUCUCUUAAUUAUGAUAAUAAUGGUUUGUAAAUUAUUAAUUCAACAUUUUUUUUUUUGGUGUUAAAUAAAUUAACACUGAUUGUACUGUAUCAUACUGUAGACUAUUCUGACCAAGUUGUAUUUCAUUCAUAGGUCCCUUGUAGGAACAUUUACAGAUCUGAAAUCUUCCAAAGUCCAGCGUUGGAAGGGACACACGGCAUUAUGUUCUGGUUCAUGCACGGAUGGUGCGAAGUUGGCACAACUUAUUUUAUCCUGAAUAUGCACAAACCGUCGUGUGUACAUGUGAGCAUCAGGCAGGGGAGGCAAUGCGUGUAAAUGAUCUCCCAAACUCUUUGUAACUGGGAAGGGGUAGUAGUGGAAGUCCAGAACCAUGACGUCUUACAAAACUCAUUUUCAUUUAUUUCCACAACUCACAACCUCUCUGAAUGCAUUUGAAUUAACGAUGAAUGUUUUUUUUCCCUUGAGUUUUUUUAAGGAUAUCAUUGUAUACAUGUGAUAACGCAGUUAAUAAAUCCUUAUAUAAAGAUCUCAACCCCUUGCUGGUUGAGUCACACGACUCAAAGGGUUACACCGCUAUGUUCCGACACCCCUAUGUUCCGACUGCACAUAUUCCUAACCCAACCCUAACCCUAACCCUAGCCGGGAGUAACACAAUCUUAUGUGCAGGAACAUAGGGGUGUCGGAACAUAGGGGUGUCGGAACAUAGAGCAGUCACCGACUCCAAGAGCUUUAUUUAUUGGUCAAUAAAAUGGGACGUACCAUUAUCACUACGACACAUAAUGCCUUUGGUGAACAAAGGCAAUUAUAUUUAGGAUGGACCAUCAAUUUAUAACCAUAGGUCAGAUUGACAUGUAAAUGGUGUAACCUGUGUCCAGUGGUCUUAAAUUUCUCUGUCUUAUGCCAUCCACUGUUGUGAAUUUUAAAAAUGUUGAAAAAGGAAAUAAAAUAAUUUUAAAAAGCUAGUUAA